AUGAUUAUUAUUGUAUUUUUUGUGCGAUAUUGUUAUGUUUAUUACCGAUUGCGAGAUAAUUAUAAGUAUUACAAUACUUAUAAUACUUAUACUAAUAAUACUAAUAAUAACAAUAAUAGUAUAAGAAAUAAAAAAGGUAGACUUGAGAAGAUUAAACAGGAAAAAAUAGAAGAAUUGAUAAAUGAGCUAAAUGAAAUACAGAAAAAAGAGAGACAGGUUUUGGAACAAAAACGAGAAAAAGAGGAUAAAAUUAAGAAGAUUGAUGAAAUUGAUAAUUUAAUUGGGGACAAGAUCAAGAAGGCCAAUAUUGAUAUUGAUAAGUUGAGGAUAAAUGAGUUGAACAAAAUUAAAGAAUUAAACGAGGAUAAAAAAAGGCAAAUUACAAAAAUGAAGGAAGAAGAAUACAAAGCAAUUUUUGAAGAGAUAAAUUUGGAAUUAAAAGUUAAGAUUAAUGAUAUCAGCAAGAAGCUAGAGUAUUUGAAGGGGUCUAUUGAGGAAGAAAAAGAAAGAAUUUGGGUGAAAUACGGGGAUAAACCCAAAGGGGCCAGAAGCAGAGGGAAUGAUAGCGAUAAUGGCAAUGAUAGCGACAAUAGUAAUGACAACAAUGGAAGUGGAAUUUUGAUUGAAAUUGGAAGAGAAAUCAGCUACUUUGAUGAACUUAAUAGGAAAAUAAAUGAAAACAUCAUUUGGAAGAUCGGAUACAACCAAAUCAAGAACAAAGAACAAAGAAAGCUAGACAACUACAGAAAGCACUCCUUUUCUGAUAUGGACUAUCAAGCUCUAAAGUUCCAGCUCUCUGAUUUGAAGAGCCAGUUGACUUCGAAGGAAAACCAGAUCCUCAAACUACAGUACCAAAACAAAAACUUGCUCUCUCACUACACCUCCUUCAAAAAACUAUACAUAAGCAACUUGGUUGCCAUCAAAGCAGAUCUCUCCAAUAUCAAAUCUCUUUUUUUCCCCAGCAACGACACUCAAUCUGAUAUCAGCUCUUUUAACUCCAACAAAAAUUUUGUUCAGAAUCUUAUAUCCAUUUUCAAUAAAGACUACGACUCGAACCUAUCCAAGACUAUCAAAAACAAAAUGGAAUUAUCCACCAUUAUAGCCCAAAAACAGAAGAUCAUCAACGACAAAAAUGAUCUAAUUGAUUCUCAAAAGGAUGAAAUCAGUCAACUAAAAUCGAUAAUAAUCAACUUGAAAGAAAGACAAAAAGAAAAGGAAAAGGAAAAGGAAAAGGACUCUCUUUCUCUCAAUAGCCCUCCAACAAAGCCAAGCUCAAUAAAAUCAAACAAUCUUGAAAAGACUCCUUCCAGUCAUAACAACUCCAUCGCAACUUCUCUCUCAAACUCCUCUUCUUCAAAAACAAUCAAGAAAAAGAGACCUUCUUCUAUAAUCUCAUCCCAUUCUAUAAACUUACCUUCUCCAAAGUCUUUUUCUUCUUCAAAAUACAAUCAACAAAUUUAUCAUCAAAUUUCCGUCCCCAUCCCUCUUCAAUCCAUAGAUCUCAGCAUCCAAAGAUCAAUAUCUCCUUCUUCCUUUAAUUGUAUCCAUAUAGAUUCAGAUAAUAGCCAUAUUGAAAAACUUGAAAGAAAACUGAGCAAAGAUUCAAACCUUUCAGCUAACUCUGAAAAAUAUCCUGAUUCCACUUCUUCGUUUUCCUCAAACUCUUCCUCUGAUGAAAAUAACAAAAGCAAUCAUCAUUUCAAUAAUAAUAACAAUAAUAAUAACAGCAAUAACAGCAAUAAAAACAAUAACAACAACAACCACUACACUCACAUCAACUUGUCAAAUGAUCUCAAUAAACCUGAGUUGUUCAAUUUUAAUACUAAAAGUAUUAAAAACUCUUCCUUCUCUUCUGCGUCUUCCUCUUCCUCUCCUCCUCAAAAUUCUCUAAAAUCUUUUAAAUCUCAUAACCAGUCUAGUCCUGCUAGAACUAUAACUGACCUGGACUUAAAUAUAAAUUAUUCAGGUUCUCUUAACUUUACAACUAAUUUCAACGAUAAUAACGAUACUAAAUCUACCAUAUCAAAAUUAUUUAGUCUACAUAACAAUCAAAAUAAAUUAUCAAGAAAAAAAAGAGUCUACUAA